CUGCUGCUGAAAUUUCUCCUUCGAUUUCAGAUUUGUUUUAUUUCAGUAAACAUGAGGAUUUUAUACAAUGCACUAGGAAGAACUUAUUUCCCACGAAAUAGUGUAGGCUACAAGGGAAUUUCAACACUUGUUUUCACCAACAAUACUCUUGUGGGUGUUUCUCGAUCUGUGUCAUUAUUUGCUUAGCGCUUCGAGGAGAAGAUGAGCGAAACAUGUUAAGGUAUUCAAUCGAGAGAUAAGGUUGGAGAACGGAAAUGACUGGGCUUUUCAAUAGGUUAUCCUAUUUGACAUUAAAUCCGAUGUUGUGAUACAUGCAUUGGCCGAUAUAUAUGACGGGUCAUCCAUAUUUCUCUGGAUCUAAUGUUUUCACCAGAGGGGUGAUAUAGCCUGCUCUGACGUCUGCAUUAGAUAUUGCCCAAUGCAUUUGUUUCUUCUUCAGUGACUUUGAGUUGAGAGAAGCAACUACAUCAUCAUCAACAAAAAGGGAAUGAAGAUUUCAUUUGUCAUUUUUUUACCCUCCGCUGCCCCUCACCCCCUAACGUUUACAGCUAAAACAAAUCCUUAAACACAUCAUAGCCUACAUUGUGGAACAAUCUAUAUAGCCGGAGCAACGCUGGGACCAUGUUUAUUCCGCAGGUUUGGACUGGGAAAUUGCAACUGCCAAUUUAAUCAACAAGGCGCUGCUGUUCUUUAUAAAUCGUCUCUCAUUUUUGCCGGAAUUUUUAGUUUUUAAGGAAGACGACUUGUUAUCACUUUUUGAAAGUCUUCUGUAGGCAGUUUUGAGCAAGAUGUCGGAUCUUCUGGUGUUGGUUGAGGGGGUCUGUGACCUGCACGGAUUUCCAUAGCUUGGGAAAACAGCUGGGACCAAUUACGAGGUUUAAACACACGCAUGUUUUUUUUUACAUGACCAAAUGUAUCAUAUAUAUUUUUUCAGCAAUUUAUUUGAAUUGCUUUUUUAAAACUUUAUUUUCACAAUUUUCUUUGGACCACAGGCGGUUGGAUUAUUGAAACUAUAUAAGGAUUUGUGGAAAUGUUGGGUCCUCAAGAAGAUAAAUUAUGUGGAAUUUUCUCUGCUUUGGCGGCUCUGUCCUUCGUUUGCUUUGCUCAAAGCACCUCCACUGGACAAACUGGAAUAUCUGUGGCCAAGGCCACAGUGGACAAGUUGCUGAAGGGGUAUGACAUCCGUCUAAGGCCUGAUUUUGGAGGUGCCCCAGUCAUCGUAGGAAUGAGCAUCAACAUCGCUAGCAUUGACUCCAUCUCAGAAGUGAACAUGGAUUAUACCAUCACAAUGUAUUUCCAGCAAAGUUGGCGAGACAAGCGUUUGGCAUACGCUGAGCUGCCCCUCAACCUGACUCUGGAUAACCGCGUGGCGGACCAGCUGUGGCUCCCAGACACCUACUUCCUUAACGACAAGAAGUCCUUCCUGCAUGGCGUGACAGUGAAGAACCGUAUGAUUCGACUGCAUCCUGAUGGCACUGUGUUAUAUGGACUCAGAAUAACCACCACAGCAGCUUGCAUGAUGGACUUGAGGAGGUACCCGCUCGACGAACAGAACUGCACCCUGGAAAUCGAAAGCUAUGGGUACACCACAGACGACAUUGUUUUCUACUGGCACGGAGGUGACACUGCGGUGACGGGGGUGGAUAAGCUGGAGCUUCCUCAGUUCUCCAUCGUAGCACUUCGCCUGGUGUCCAGGGAGGUCAGGUUUACCACAGGUUCCUAUCCCAGGCUGUCGUUAAGUUUCAGGAUUAAAAGGAACAUAGGCUACUUCAUCCUGCAGACAUACAUGCCCUCCAUCCUGAUCACCAUCCUCUCCUGGGUCUCCUUCUGGAUCAACUACGAUGCCUCUGCAGCUCGGGUGGCACUGGGUGUUACAACGGUGCUCACCAUGACAACCAUUAACACACACCUUAGGGAGACACUCCCAAAGAUCCCGUACGUGAAAGCCAUCGACGUCUACCUCAUGGGCUGUUUUGUGUUUGUGUUCCUGGCCCUGCUCGAAUAUGCCUUCGUAAACUACGUGUUCUUUGGCCGGGGCCCCCAGCAACAGAAGAAAAUCCACGAGCGGCUGAACAAAACCAACAACGAGCGCCCGCGAUACGAAGAGAAGCGCCUGAGGGAACAGGACUCCAUUGCCACGCCGUUUCAAACCAACACCCUCAGGUCAUAUACACAGAGAAGAAAUCUGUACCUCGAGGAGCAAAGAAAAGUUGGGGUGGAUGCUUAUGGGAACAUCCUGCUCACCACAUUGGAGAUGAAUAAUGAGGUGAUGCCGUCAGAUGUGGGAAGUAGUGUCAGUGACUCCCGGAAUUCAGUGAUGUCAUUCGACAGCUCCGGGGUCCAGUUCAGGAAGCCCAUGGCUCCCCGCGAUGGCUUCAGCCACCACUCACUGGACCGCAGCGCCAUGCGCAGCAGGGCCAACUGUCGGCUACGACGGCGCUCCUCCAAGCUCAAGCUGAAAAUCCCUAAUCUGGCAGAUGUCAGCACCAUUGACAAAUGGUCCCGGGUCCUUUUCCCCAUCAUGUUUGGAUUUUUCAACCUAAUCUACUGGUUGUACUAUGUGAAUUGAUGUGCAUCCCACUAGGAAUCAUGGGCCAUAUUUUGAGAGCACAUUAAAUUGGCUUUGAUACAGUUGAAAAUAUGUAUACACAUGUACAAGUUGAUACAUAUGUAUAUGCAUAUUUCUAUAUAUUAUAUUUCUAUAUACACGUGUGUGUGUGUAAAUCUGAAGGACUUUUCUCCUGUAUAAAGCAUUAUUACAAUGACUUGAAUGUUUAAGAAUAAUUGCAAGAGAAACAUUUCAAGCCUUUGAAAUUUCUCCUGAAACAAACAAACAAAUUAACUAACUAACUAACAACCAUCAAAUCCCUUUGGGGGAUUUUGGAACUAAAGACUGCAUGAUAUUUUUGCUAAAAAGAAAGCGAAAGCUCUUGAGAGAAGAGAUGUCUCAGAGUCUCAUUGGCUUUUUAUUGAUACUCUGUAAUCAGCGUCCUCUACUGCAGCUCAUCAAAUCAGAGGUGGAUUGUGUGUUCAGGCAUCGGCAGAGUCCCUUAUAUCCAGCUUUACCCCCCCCCCCAUCUCCCAUGGAUAACAUGCAGGAAUUCUCCACUUCUACUCUGUACAGCAACCUUGUUUGGAUUAUGUGUCGUUCCUUGGAUUCUUUCGAGUGACAUUGUUCUCUUUAUGGGACAUCAGCUCUGGUACAAUGCUGGUCUACAUUGGGGCCCAUCAGGAUGGGAUGUUAGAUCACUGUGUUCCUGUCCAGAGUCAGUGCAAACUUAUCUUAAUUUCUCUUCUCAUGUUUGUUUUUAGAGCAGUUCUUUGGGGUGUUUUCAUUAUGGUUACAAAUAUGAUGAUUAUUGUAAUUUUUUUUUUUUUACUUUAAAAUAUUGUGUUUUUGGGAGAGUGUCACUUGUUCUAGAGUUAGCGCAUUAUUAUAAAAAGACUCACAGGUUUGAAUUACUCAUUUUGUUUGAGAAAUAGACAUAUACAGUACAUUUUGUCAUCCAGUAUCCUCAAGGACAUAGUUGGAAAAUAUAAUUGUACUCUUUUUUUAACUUCCUGUGCUUGAUUCAUCUGUAGAUACAGUAUUCAUUGCCUCAUAUCCAGAUUUGUGUUCUGUAAGGAAGGAAAGACAACUAUAGUGAAUUAUUUAAAGUUAUUCCACUAUAAAGAUGUGAGAAAAAAUACUGUGCAUUAUUAAAAAGAUAUCGCCAUUGUUUAUUUGUUUGAUAUUGAAAUCAACAUUUCAUCGCAUUGUGUGACCUGUUGUUGAACUACUCUCACUGUAAAAAAAAAAAAAAGAAAAAAAAUCACCCUUAGAAUGUUGGGUACUGAUAUUAUAGUUCCUAUGAAACAUGCCUGUCUUAAAUUCAAAUUGACUCUAUUUAUUUAAGGGUUGUAGCAGGGGGGCGGGAUUUGCAAAAAAACUCAACCUCUCACACUCGGUACCUCUGAAAACACUGCAGACCCACCCACCCUUCAAAUGUCACGGAGGAUCAAACCCAGAAGAUCAGAAACAUCAUUAGAAUCUGAAGAAAGGGUUUUAAGUUUCUAGAGGCAAGACAAGAUGUGAUAAAUAGCCAUGAACUAAAGAGACAACCAAAAAGGCCUAUAAUCCCCAUUACAUUUUUUGAUUUUGCUCUUAAAGUCACUCAUUUCCAUAGGCUCAGAUCCACUAACCAAUGAUAUGUCCACUGCAGGGUUGAUGCCAUGUUGAUCCAAACUGUAACUUUACAGGAGAAAAACAAUACCUUUUUUUUCAUUAUUUGGUUCUGUCUAGAGUGAAGAGGAGAGCAAAUGCAUUCAUACAUUAAAACAGGCAUUUACAGACUAUCUCCAUGUUCAAACUAGUAUCGCCUUGAUUCAACAAUGCAAUGAAGUGCAGUGCAUUUGAUAUUCAUGCUAGGGAAUGACAAAUUCCUUUAAGAUUCCUCCAAGAUUUAAAUGAAGAGAGCAGAAGACACAUUUCCGUUGUUGGCUGUAACUAUGGACAUUAAAGUUGUAUUGUAAAUGUGGUUAUGACUGAAACAUCUAGAGCAUUGUUGAAUCAGAACCGACUGGGUUUUGCUGAUAGUCAAAUGGCACUGGAUGACCGAGGGAAGCAAAGUCACAGAUCAGAUACAGAGGUAGCCAAAAAAAAGAGAUGGGGGCUCCUUUGGACAUUCCAGAGGAUAGGAGAGGAGAAAAUGUUGAGAGCAUCACAGUUAGUGCCUUGCACAUUGCAGUGACUAAUCUCCUCAGAGCUCACUGAUGGGCUCCCCUAAGUUCCAAGAGCUUCUCUCUCCAACGUCUCCAUCCCCUGGCCGGGCUGGCACCAGACAGGCAGGAUACGGACCUCUAAUUGGGAGCGCCAAGCCCCAUGGAAGGCUAGCACAGGACAGGAUGCACCACGGGGCCGAGAGAGAGUGAGAGAUGCAGAAAAUACAGAAAAAUAGAGC